AUGACACCUGUGGACUCUAAGGUUACACUAAGUAGUGAUAAUAACUAUGGUUUGUCGAAAAUCCCUAGUAAGUUACUGGAACCUGUUCAGUGUUUACCAAUUGGAGUGACAGACGAUAAAGAAGCACAUGUUUCAGUUGAAGCAAUUCGCUGUGAAGAUGAUUCCUCUCCUGUGCAUAUCACAUAUUCAAAUGUUAAAACUGUUGGAAAUGGUUCCUUUGGUAUUGUUUAUUAUGCAGUUCUUGGUGAUAAUCGUGAAGUGGCGAUUAAAAAAGUUUUACAGGAUAAACGAUAUAAAAAUCGUGAAUUACAAAUACUUCGAAUAUUGCAUCACUCUAAUAUUGUACCACUGUAUUAUUACUUCUAUUCAUCGUCAUCAUCAAAACCAGGUGAAACUUAUCUCAACUUAAUUCAAGAGUAUAUACCUCAAACACUGAGUCGUCUUAUCAGACAUUAUUGGCGGAUUCGGCAAGUUAUACCAUUGGCAUAUGUGAAGUUGUACAGUUUUCAACUUCUACGCGGAUUAGCUUACAUACAUAACCAAGGGAUAUGUCAUAGAGAUAUAAAGCCACAAAAUUUGUUGAUCAAUCUGGAUCAAGGUGUGUUAAAAAUAUGUGACUUUGGAAGUGCAAAAAUAUUGAAUCCUGAAGAAGCGAAUGUCUCGUAUAUCUGUUCUCGAUAUUAUCGAGCACCGGAGUUGAUUUUUGGUGCUACUCAUUAUACUGUACAAAUAGAUAUGUGGUCAGCUGGUUGUGUUAUCGGUGAAUUAUUAUUAGGUCGACCACUUUUUCCAGGUGAAUCUGGAGUUGAUCAAUUGGUUGAAAUUAUUAAAGUUCUUGGUACACCAACACGUGAACAAGUUCAUGAAAUGAAUCCUCAAUACAGUGAAUUCAAUUUUCCUAAUAUUCAAGGUUGUUCAUGGGAAAAGUUAAUUCGAAAUCGUAGUACAGAUACAGCAUUCUAUAUACUCCAGAAGUUGUUAGUCUACGACCCGAAAGUACGUAUGACUGCUUCUGAGAUAUUGGGAUGUUGUUUCUUCAGUGAUCUUAUCUUACCACCACCUGGUCAUCCAGCGGAUGCAACUGGUCAUUUACCAAGUGGUAAACCAGCACCAAGCUUUGUUAAUCAGUUUACUGAAGAAGAAUUAUCAUAUCUUCCAAAAGAAAUGGCUACACGACUAAUAGCAUGUAAAAAUGCUAUUGCAUUAAAAAGUCAUUCAAUUGUCAAUUUAACAACACUAGAUAAUCAUGAAACAUUGAAUAGUCAAAAAAAGUAUAAUUCUGCCUCUUCUUCCUACUUUUCAACUUCUACUUCAACUACUUCAAAAGGUGAACAAUUAAAAUAUCAAAAAUCAAAUAUUUCAUCUCAUGAUAGUCUUUUAACUCCACGUUUAUCAUUACAAUUACCGAAAGGGAAUAGAAAAAAUCCAAAAGGAUCUGUUAGUAAUGUAUACUUUAAUCAUAAUGAUACUUUACGAUCAAAUUCAGGUAAUCCUUAUCAAUCACGUCUUAUGACUUUAUCAGUUAGAGAAAAUCAACCAAUUCAAAUUGAUAGAUGUCAGUAUCAAAGACGUAUAGUAGAAAAUUCAAAAUGUUAUUCUUUACGUGAUUCACAACCAUGUCUUUCAUUGCAUUCAAAUGAACAAGUUUCUCAUAUACCUAUUCGUGAAACUGAUAUGACCGGUAAUAGUCGAAGCAAUACUCUACGUAAAGCAACAACAUCACAAGCUAACCAUGUCAUUCAAAUGAAUAAAGUAAUGUCUGUAAAAUCAAUCAAAUAA